CUUUUUUUUUUUCUUCUCUUUUUUUCUUCUCUUUUUUUGGUUUUUUUUUUUUUUGAGUACUUCUCACGCCAUGCCGUUCCAGCCACUCGCUGCGCGCUCGCGCCAGUUGUCGUCGUCCGCCACCGCGCUCACCGUUGCUGCAGCUGCCAUGCUGGCGUUGCUGGCUGUCUCCGCGUCUGCCCGUCCCUUGCAGCGAUCGCGCCCGUCCAUUUCCAAGAACGAGUACAUGGCUCAGCGCGGCAAUCUGCUCCAGUUCGAAGCAGAGAUGCGCACGGCCGCCGACCUUCCUCUCACGUCGCUCGAGCAAAGUGCCAACCAAAUCCUCAUGCAACUGAAGGACGCCGAAUUGGCCAAGUAUCGCCACGCUGACUUUCCACCAAGUCUCCACUUUUUCUCGGGAAAGCAUCUCAUCUCGGACAGCCCGGUCAUGAAUUUCUUGCAAGCCCUGCCAAAGGGUGGCGCGCUCCACCUGCACUCUGUCUCAAUGGUCCGCAUUGACUGGAUUAUCGAAACAGCGACAUACGAUCCAACCUUGUAUUCUUGCUUCAACACGACCAGCGGCGCGCAGUCGUUCCGCUUUUCCGCGGCAACCAAGCUCCCCUCGACCUGCAACUGGGUCAAUGUGGUUGCCUGGCGUCAAGCGUCGGGCAACGCCACCGCCUUUGAUGCCCAGCUCUUUCAGAACAUGACUGUUCUGGUGGACGACCCAGUCCAGGCGUAUCCGACGCAGGAUAUCGUGUGGCAAAAGUUCCAGUCCGCCUUGUCACUGGUGGACGGCAUGGUUGCCUACAUUCCGUACUUUAUCGCGUACACUACGCGGGCAAUGCAGGAGCUUGUCGACGACAAUGUCCAGUACGCUGAGUUCCGCACCACGCUCACGCCUCUCUACGACAUUAACGGGAAUGUGUACUCGUCGGCCUACCAAAUGGAGCUGCUUCAGCAAAUCAUUGCCAACUUUACCGCUGCUCAUCCCACGACCUUUUUCGGCGGCAAAGCCAUCAUCUGUGGCAUCCGAAGCUUUGAGCCGCCCGUGAUUGGCGAGCUUCUCAACGAGACAUUGGUGCUCCGACAGCAGUUCCCUGAUCUUGUGGCCGGAUUUGAUCUUGUUUCGCAGGAAGACCCUGGCUACCCGCUGAUUGAAUUCUUGGAUCAGUUCUUGACCAGCCAACAAAGCCAGCAAGCUGCCGGUGUGACCAUUCCUUAUUUCUUCCAUGCCGGUGAAACCAAUUGGAUUGACCAAGAUGUGGACGACAACCUCUUUGACGCUGUUCUGCUCAACACCACCCGCAUCGGCCAUGGAUUUGCUGUUGCCAAGCAUCCUAUUGUCUCGUCCCUCGUAACCAGCCGUCAAAUCGCGAUCGAAGUUUGUCCCAUCUCCAAUCAAGUGUUGAAACUGGUGGACGAUUUGCGCAACCAUCCAGGUGCGCUCUAUCUGGAGCAGAACAUUCCCAUUGUCAUUAGCUCGGACGACCCAUCUGUCUGGGAUAUUAGCGGUCUUUCCUACGACUUUUAUGAGGCGUUUAUGGGCUGGGGUGGUGAUGUGCUUGACAUCAAGACCAUCAAGCAACUCAUCAUCAACUCCAUCCAAUUUUCUGCCAUGUCCGACGCCGAAAAGCAGGCGGCAUUCGAUCUGUGGAAUCCGUUGUGGGUUUCUGCUCUCCAACAGCUGGUCGCAGCAGCCAACAAGGAGUUGUGAGCGAGACGUGCAGGCCUCCUUUGAGUUUUUGAGAGUUACGACAGACAUUCUUCACCAUCAUUUUUUUUUUUUUUGGCAUUAUUGGCAUAUUUUGUUGUGAGCGUGUGUUUGUAUUUUUGUUCGCUUCCUAUUUUUUUUUGCAGCACCACUUUAUUUGAUGAAUAAAAUUGGUCAACAGGUUUUCU